AGCAGGAGCAGCUGGAAGCCAGAACCAGAGAGGGGCAUUGCGGCGAAGCUGAAAUUUCAAGACAGUAUCAGCGGGAUUUAAAAGCCAUACAUUUAGUGACACAGAACGCACCCACUCGCAUCUGGUUUUCCAAAAAAAAUACCGUGAGUGUUUCUGCCCACCGCAAAGAAAACUGGAGCCACAAGGUAACGAGUAAAUUGACCAUCGGCGAUGGAGUGCCCUCAUAUUCACGUUGCAGAUGUGAAUCUUCUUGUGUAAAAAAAACAACUGGAUAAAAAAAUGCUAGUACAGAAGCAACAUCAGUGAAACGUGUUGGGCUCCGAUUCUGCUUCAGCGGUGAGUCAUAGGGGCCAAGGGAUUUAACAGCAGAAGUUUUUGAAGUCCGCUUGCUAGAAAAUAGGAAACAAAUUGGCUUCUGGAUCAUUUCUUACAGUCGUUCGUAGCAUCGUCGCCUUCUUUUGUUGUUGCACAAAGCUGCGUUUAAAAAAAAGGACAACAUUGAAGGUGGGGCGAUAUUUGCUUAUUGGACUCCCCAGGCGUUAUGAAAAUAAUUUGACUCCAUCAGAUAAACCGGUACUUGAUGGGCCAUUCCGGCGAUGCUAACAAACUGUUGACACUUCCCGUUUCUGGAGGAUAAACUCACGGGGACACCAUGACACGAUUGCUUUAGCUUUCGGUGAGGCCGGACCUACAGUUGAUUGGGAUUUUUGCGCAUUUUAAAUGAUAACUGGCUCCCUGCGUUCAACAAGAAUUUGAACACCCUUUGCAGAUUUGAGAAAAGAACCGUCUUUUUACAAUGGCAUCGGAAGUGGUGUGUGGGUUGAUCUUCAGAUUGCUUCUUCCCAUCUGUUUAGUUGCUGCAUGUUUGUUUCGAUACAAUGGGCUAUCGUUUGUGUACCUCAUUUUUCUCCUCCUUAUUCCACUUUUUUCUGAACCCACAAAAAAGACAAUGCAAGGACAUACAGGCCGCUUACUGAAAACCUUGUGUUUUACAAGCCUCACAUUUCUCCUACUGCAUGCCUUGUUUCAAAUUACAAUUUACAGCCUCCAAGCUAAUGAAAAAAUCAAACCAGGCUUCAAUUGCACAGAUUGGGAAAAGAGCUUCCGACAGAUAGGAUUUGAAAGUGUGAAUGGGGCAGAUGCUGGAAAUAUUAUUAGACUUUUUGCUCCAGAUGUUGGGAUGUUUGUUGCUGGCUUGGCUACAUGGCUUGUCUGUAAAAGUUUAGUUCAACAGCCACCAUCAAUGGAUAUGGCACAGUACAAUCCAGAGUUCCAAAAUGAAGAGCAGACUGGUCUGGGUGCUUUCCACUAUAGUCCGGACAGUGUGUGUGUACGUGGUAUCAUCCUGGAGUGCUGCACAUUUGACGUCACUUGCAGAACAUGUGUAGAAACAGCAAAAAGUCAAAUAAUUACUGACACAAAUAAAUUGAUGAGAAAUAAGGGUGAUUGGCUGGACAGCUUGUUCUUAACAAGUUUACCUCCAGCUCAGCUUGUUCUUAGCUGGGCUUCCCUCCAACCGAACCAGGUUGAAGAAAAACUUGACCUGGCAGAUCCAUUCAUUUAUGAGGAAGAUUUUGAGGUAGCAGAUGUAGUUGAAGAAUUGGAAGAAGAGGGAACCAAACAAAAUAUUCUUCGCAGAAUUGCAACAUACGCAUCAAAACUAAAAGAAUUUAUUGGAAAUAUUAUAGCUACCACUGGAAAAGUAGUUGUUACUAUUUUACUUGGUCUAACAGGCAUUACACUACCAUCUUUGAGCUCAGGAGUAUACUUCUUCGUAUUUUUGGGAUUGUGUACUUGGUGGUCCUGCGGUAAACAGUUUGAUCCACUGAUGUUCAGCUGUUUGUGUGUAUUAAUGGCCAUAUUCAGUGCAGGACACUUGAUUGGACUGUAUCUUUACCAGUUGCAGUUCCUGCAGGAACUCAUUCCACCUGGUGACUUCUAUGCAAGGUUGUUUGGUGUAUCACCAGUUAUUCAAACAAAUUGCACGACUACCUGGAAGAUCAUAGCCAAUCCCAAUAUGUCUUGGCCCCAACAUGUCAAUCCUAUCAUGCUGUUAUUACUGUACUACACUUUGGCUACACUCAUACGUCUCUGGCUUCAAGAGCCAGUUAUAAGGAAUAUGGAAGAAGAAAGUUACAACAGAGAAGAAGAAGAGCAAAAAGAGCCAUUUGAAAGUGAUUCAUCUGUUACUGCCAAUAUGCGACGUAAUAUGUGGUAUUCGGCACACUAUGCAACUGAUGAGAGAAGGGCUUUGCUUGUAACAGUAAAUGGAAACCCUGUAGACUAUCAUAAUAUGCAUUCUGCAUUUCAAGCUGAGAAUGGUCCAACCACACUAGAGAUGUACUCCACACCACAAUAUAAAUGGGAGAUGGUUGACGAAUCCCCAGACAAAACUGAAGAUGACAGAAUCCCCGAGGAGACAGUGAAUAGCAGACUCAACAGCCUCAUCACCAUUUUCCGUUUCAUUAUGAAGCAGAGCUAUAUAUGUGCACUCAUUGCCAUGAUGGCUUGGAGUAUUACCUAUCAUAGCUGGCUCACCUUUGUCUUAUUGAUCUGGUCCUGUAUUCUCUGGAUGGUGCGAAAUCGGCGGCGAUAUGCCAUGCUCACAUCUCCAUUCAUGGUCUUCUAUGGAAAUGUUCUCUUAACCCUGCAAUAUAUCUGGAGUCUUGACCUUACAGAAGAAGAACUUCCUCAGUUAACAGGAGUCUUACAAAAGAUGAAGACAACCCCAUGUGUCGAACUAAGUUCAAAGAUCCUGUGUGCACUGACAUUCUGGCUGCUACUCCGCCAAUAUAUUACAGAGCGCCGAGAAGCAAAGAAACUCAAGGAAUCUGCCUUAUCAGAAGUUAAAGUAGAGGAAUUAGAUGAUGGCCAACAAGGAAAGGAGAUAAUGAAAGUCUUAGGAACCCUGGUGAUGGGAAUGUUUGUCAAGUAUUGGAUUUACGUUUGUGGUGGAAUGUUUUUCUUCGUCAGUUUUGAGGGGAAGAUUGUCAUGUACAAGAUUAUAUACAUGAUGUUGUUUCUGUUCUGCGUUGCUCUAUAUCAGGUGCAUUAUGAUUGGUGGCGGCGGAUUCUGAAAUAUUUUUGGAUUAUCGUUGUUUCCUAUACUAUGCUGGUCUUGAUCCUCGUGUACACCUAUCAGUUUAAGUCAUUCCCAGAUCUAUGGCAAAAUAUGACAGGAAUGGAUAUUGAAAAGUUGAAGGAUCUUGGAUUAGAACAAUUCUCUGUUGCAGAUCUAUUUACCAGCAUUUUUAUCCCAACAUCUUUCUUGCUGGUCUGUAUACUACAUCUUCAUUAUUUCCAUGAUCGUUUUCUUGAGCUCACUGAUCUAAAAGCGGUUACCAGCAAACAGGAAAGCAGCAUAUACAGGUUAGUAAAUCAGGAUGGAAGUCUCCCAGACAUUGGUAUGAUGAAUCUUAAUACCAGUGCUCAAAAAGAGGAAAGAGUGGAGGCUAAACAGCCAAAUGAGGGUGAAGAAGAUGAUGAUGAUGAUGAAGAAGAAGAUGAAGACUGCACAGAGGAAAGAAAUAAUAAAUGGCACCUUGUAAUUGAUCGACUAACAGUGUUGUUUCUGAAAUUUAUGGAGACUUUCCACAAACUGCAAGUUAUGGCUUGGUGGAUCUUAGAGCUACACAUAAUCAAAAUUGUAUCCUUUUACAUCAUUUGGAUUACCUUGAAAGAGGUUUCCUUGUUGAAUUACGUUUUCUUAAUUUCAUGGGCCUUUGCUUUGCCUUAUGUCAAGCUACGUCCACUGGCAUCAAGUGUCUGCACAGUCAUGACUUGUAUAAUCAUUGUGUGUAAGAUGUUGUACCAACUAUCUUCUGUUCAGCCUUCCAACCACUCUUCUAACUGUACAAUUCCACAACUCAAUGAAACAAAUGUAGAGAGCAUUGAGAAAUUGAAGAAAUCAGUGCUUUAUGCCAGCCCAGUUGACCCAGCAAAUUGGAUUGGACUAAGAAAGUCCUCUCCCCUUCUGGUAUAUCUUAAGAACAACCUGCUGAUUCUUGCUGUUUUAGCAUUUGAAGUGACAAUCUACCGUCAUCAAGAGUACUUUAGGCUCCGCAAUAACCUUCCACAUCCAGUAACAAAAACAAUCUUUCAUGACAUCACAAGGCAACACUUGGAUAAUGGACUGGUGAACUGUGCCAAGUAUUUCAUAAAUUACUUCUUCUACAAGUUUGGGCUAGAGAUAUGUUUCUUAAUGACUGUCAAUGUGAUUGGCCAACGGAUGGAUGUGUAUGCCAUGCUUCAUGCUUUUUGGUUAUUUGCAUUACUCUACCGACGCCGCAGAAAAGCCAUUGCAGAAAUAUGGCCUAAAUACUGUUGCUUCCUAGCAUGCAUUUUGACCUUUCAGUACCUACUUUGUAUUGGCAUCCCACCUGCUGCGUGUAAAGAGUAUCCAUGGAGAUAUGCCAGUGCCAAAAUCAACUCAAACUUUAUUAAGUGGUUGUACUUUCCAGACUUCAUCACAAAUCCAAAUCCGAUGUUUCUCAUUUAUGACUUCAUGAUGUUGCUCUGUGCAUCACUGCAGUGGCAGGUGUUUGAAGAUGAAAACAGAGCUGCAGUAAGGAUAGUUGCUGGGGACAAUGUAGAAAUUUGCAGAGAUUUGGAUGCAGCCACAUUCAGUCAACAUAAUCCAGUGCCGGACUUCAUUCAUUGCAGAUCCUACCUGGAUAUGAUAAAAGUAAUUGGAUUCAGUUACCUAUUUUGGUUCGUGCUCACAAUCAUCUUUAUCACAGGAACAACACGAAUCAGUAUCUUCUGCAUGGGUUACCUUGUCGCCUGUUUUUAUUUCCUGCUCUUUGGUGGAGAGCUAUUACUAAAACCUAUUAAAAUAAUCCUCCAAUAUUGGGACUGUCUUAUUGCCUACAAUGUUUUUGUGAUCACAAUGAAGAAUAUUCUCUCUAUAGGAGCCUGUGCCUACAUCAAUUCUUUAAUUUUGAAAAGCUGUUGGUUAAUCCAAACAUUUGGUCUUGUUUGUACAGUUAAGGGCUAUGACCAGCCCCCUGCUGAGAACCUUAAGAAAUGUCCAUUGCCUAAGGAUGAAGCAGGCAUUAUAUGGGACAGUAUAUGCUUUUCUUUUCUGUUGCUACAAAGGAGAGUUUUCAUGAGUUAUUACUUCUUGCAUGUAGUAGCAGACAUAAAAUCUGCUCAAAUUCUCGCAUCAAGAGGUGCAGAGCUGUUUCAAGCUACAAUAGUAAAAGCUGUGAAGGCUAGGCUCGAAGAGGAAAAGAAGUCAAUGGAUCAGCUCAAAAGACAGAUGGAUCGCAUCAAAACAAGACAACAGAAAUAUAAAAAAGGCAAAGAGAGAAUGCUCAGUUUGAAUCAGUCAGCAGAUGCGCAGGGUCCUCAGUUGAAGCCGGAAGAUGAUGAUGAUGAUGACGAUGAAGGAGAACCAGAGAAAGACAAAGCCAAGGGCAAAAAAAAGCAGUGGUGGCGGCCCUGGGUUGACCAUGCUUCUAUGGUACGAAGUGGAGAUUACUAUCUCUUUGAGACAGACAGUGAGGAGGAAAAUGAAGAAGAAGUAAAAGAAGAUGAAGAAGAACAACCCAAAAAGUCAGGUUUUCAGAGAGCAGUUCGGAAAUUUGCUUCAGCCAUUAUAGCCUUGCCAAAGUCUAUCCUAAAACUUCCAAAAACCAUACUUCAGUUGAUAGUCAGAGCUAUAAAGUUUAUUUAUCAGACCUGGAUGAAAGAUUCAAAAUCGGUAUUAAAAGGAAAGGAGAAAAAUAAACGGAAAGAAUGGGAAAACAGUAAAAAAGAAACAGGAGGUCACAUUGCAAUUGAAUGUGAAGAGACAGAAGAACUACCAACACCAGAAGAAGUGCAUAAACACUCUAAUGCACCAGAUAAUGUUUUCAAGCGGGUGUUUAAUCUUCUGAAGUUCACAUGGGUUCUUUUCUUGGCUCUGGUGGACAGUUUUACAAAAUGGCUAAAUUCAAUCUCAAAGGAAUGCAUUGAUAUAUCCACUGUUCUGAGGAUAGAGAGAUGUAUGCUUACGAGAGAAGUAAAGAAGCAUGCUGCUUCCAAUUCCCACAAUUGCCGGUAUAAAUUGAUGGAAGGCAACUGCUAUCUUGGCAAAGCCUUCUGCCCUGGCUGCAGCAAUGACCUUGUCAUGGGGAAGCAAAAUGAAGCCAUCUGCUACACUGAAGCUACCAUGCUGUACUCACGGCAGUCAACUCUAGAUGAUAUAGAUGAUAUUCCUAAAACAAGUGAGCGUGCUCGACCUAGGCUUCGUAAAAUUGAACCAACACAAUGCACAAUGCUGUAUUCGCGCCAAGGUACCACAGAUACAAUUGAAGAAGUGGAAGAUGAGCAGGAUGAAGAAAUGACAAUUCCUGUAUGCACAUCAGAUAUCAUGACUGAGGAAGUUCCACCUUCGUAUAGCAAAGCUGUUAGUCUUGAUCGCCUAUCCUUUAGUUCAGAUUCAGCUGGUGAAAAACACCUUAUGGCACUUACCCCAGAUAGCAGGAUGGAUUUACUAGAAGAUACAAUCUUUCCAAAUUUAAGCCAUGAACUAACAGCCAGUGAACUGCUUCUUAACAAAAUGUUUUAUGAUGAAGAGUUAGAAGAGUCAGAAAAAUUCUACAAAGCCCAGCCUCGAGCACUACUCCUAUUCUUCGCUCUAUAUAAUACCUUAGUAGCUCGUUCGGAAAUGUUAUGUUUCUUUGUCAUUAUACUAAAUCACAUGGUUUCUGCUUCAAUGAUUACGCUGGUACUUCCUAUUCUCAUCUUCCUCUGGGCUAUGUUAUCUGUACCCAGGCCAAGCAAACGUUUCUGGAUGACAGCCAUUGUGUAUACUGAGGUAACAAUUGUGAUCAAGUACUUUUUCCAAUUUGGAUUUUUUCCAUGGAAUGAAAAUUUGAGUAUAACUCGAGAAAAACCUGAUUUUCCCCCAAAUAUAAUUGGCAUUGAGAAGAAGGAAGGCUAUGUGCAUUAUGACCUUAUACAGCUGCUUGCACUGUUCUUUCACCGAUCCAUUUUAAAGUGUCAUGGUUUAUGGGAUGAGGAUGAAAAGAAUGAAAAUGCCUCAGCUAAAGAUGACAUGGAACAAGAUCAUCUGAAUGAGUCUCAGAGAAAGAACUCCAUAGGUUCUUUAAAAUCAAUUAAUUUGCAAGCAUCAAUGGAUUCCAUACAUGUUCACUUUCCAGAACAGACAACAGCCAGAAGACCAAGUUCAACAGGUUCACAGAUCUCAAAUCGAUCGUCACAUAGAUCACAAAGAGGUAGUAUAAGCACCCGAAACAGUAGUAGCCGGAAAGGAAGUGGGUCACUCAGUGUUCAACCAAAGAAUAAGAAAGAGCUUUUAUUGGAAAAAGUAAGGGAACAAAUGAUCAAGGCAAAAACCAUUGUCAUUGCAAAAACACUUCAAAUAUAUAUUCCAAUCAAACAUUUCUUCUACAACAUUAUCCAUCCGGAGUAUAGUGCAGUAACAGAUGUCUACGUGUUGAUGUUCUUGGCUGAUGUUGUAGACUUCAUUGUUAUUGUCUUUGGUUUUGGGGCAUUUGGGAAACAUUCAGCAGCCGCCGACAUCACAUCUUCUUUGUCAGAGGAUCAAGUGCCAGAGGCAUUUCUGGUGAUGUUAAUAAUUCAAUUUGGCACAAUGGUAGUGGAUCGAGCACUCUAUCUCAGAAAGACAGUCUUAGGAAAAGUUAUCUUUCAAGUCAUCCUUGUUUUUGGAAUUCAUUUCUGGAUGUUUUUUAUAUUACCAAGAGUGACAGAAAGGAGGUUUAACCAGAACAAAGUUGCACAGGUUUGGUACUUUGUUAAAUGUGUUUACUUUGGAUUGUCAGCAUAUCAAAUACGUUGUGGUUACCCAACACGUGUGCUUGGUAACUUUCUGACAAAAAGCUACAACUAUAUAAACUUGUUCCUCUUCCAAGGAUUUCGACUAGUUCCAUUUCUGACUGAGCUCAGAGCAGUGAUGGACUGGGUCUGGACAGAUACAACUCUUAGUCUCUCCAGUUGGAUCUGUAUAGAAGACAUUUAUGCUCAUAUUUUCAUUCUAAAGUGCUGGCGUGAAUCUGAAAAGCGAUAUCCUCAGCCACGUGGGCAGAAGAAAAAGAAGGUUGUAAAGUAUGGCAUGGGUGGCCUUAUCGUCUUCUUGUUAAUAUGCAUUGUGUGGUUCCCACUCCUCUUCAUGUCCUUGAUCAAAUCUGUUGCUGGUGUGACAAAUAAACCUUUGGAUGUAUCCAUUUCAAUAACAAUUGGAGGUUAUCAGCCUAUCUUUACAAUGAGUGCCCAGCAGAAGCAGCUACAAGAUUUUGAUCAAAGUCAGUACAACAAACUUUUAAACAAUUUUAAAGAUAAUCCUGCUGCCAUGCAGUUCCUGGAUGCGUACAUGAAAGAAGACAUUCUAAUUGCACAACUUGAAGGAAACUCAAAUUCUCUUUGGACCAUCAGUCCACCAAGUCGGAAGAAGAUGAUAGAAGAAUUAAAGGAUAAUGUUUCAAAAGUCUUCAUUGUGGUUUCUUGGUCUGUUCAAAGGAAUAUCAGUCUUGGUGGAAAAUCAGAAAUUGCUUCAGAUAAAAUUUCUUUAGAAAUUCAACCUGAAGCCAAAAUAGCUCUUGCUGCGGCAGUGGAAGGAAAGAACAAGUCUGUAAAAAUUGAAAAUAUAUUUCCAAACUACAUUAGGGCUCCCAGUGAUUCUGAAUCAAAACCUGUGAAACAACUUUAUGAAAAUGAUGCUGACUACUGUGAACUCAUUGUAAAACUGGUUCAGCAAGGAAACUGCUCUUCAGACCACUGUCAGGAAUGGUGGACUGUUAAUCAGUCUGAAAGAUUCUACAGAAAUGAUGAUAAAGAAAGCCUUGAAAUUAUUGUAUUCAGUGAUAAAGUUAGCCCACCUAGCCUUGGAUUUCUUGCUGGUUAUGGCAUCAUGGGUCUGUAUGCAUCAGUUGUGCUGGUUAUUGGGAAGUUUGUACGUGAGUUUUUCAGUGGGAUCUCUCACGACAUCAUGUUCGAAGAGCUGCCAAAUGUGGAUCGAAUUUUGAAAUUAUGUACAGAUAUCUUCCUGGUUCGAGAGACUGGAGAACUGGAAUUAGAGGAGGAUCUGUAUGCCAAGCUCAUCUUCUUGUACAGAUCACCAGAAACUAUGAUCAAAUGGACACGUGAAAAGACAAAAUGAAAGCUUCUGCUGAGGUGGAUAGGGGUAUUUUUCUGAAAAUAAAACAAAAGCACAAUAUCAUUGAAAAGCUAAGCUAUUCACAAUAGAGUGACAGCAGCUUUUCCUUAUGGAGCCCAGGCAGUCGCACGUUCCUCAAGUCUUCUCUGCCUACAGUCUUCGCUGAUACUAAAGACUGGUGCCUGUCCUAACAUUCAGCACCAAUUGUGGAAACGAUUCUGUUGGAACCGAAUCUUUCUAUUUUUAAGUCAGGCAAAAUCAGGGCUUCCGAAAUGCUUACCGUCCUUGCAGGCAUCAUCUUUAUCAGUCCUUUAUAUUUCUGUAUGCAAUGCAAUGAUUUUGGACCAUAUAAUCUGCUGUCAUUAUCACCCAGGCACAGAGGAAUAGGACCUGGUGUGAUUCAAUGGUGACCAAAUAAUGGGGACUUCACUCAUGCAUAAGAAUUCUUGGAUAUCACAGGUCUCCAAUGGUGUAAGCCUAUACUGACUGCCUUGAGCAAGGAAGAUAAUUUGACAAUCUGUUUUGAAUGCCUUAUUUUAUUUGUACAGUCAAAAGAAAAGUAUCACCAUGUCAGUGAUCUUUCUCAGGAAAAAUGUUUAUUUACCAAAGGCUUUGUGUCUUCUGUAACUUCAUUCCCUUAUUAAAAACUUCCUCUUAAGCAAAUGCUUCUCCAAGAUGAAAAGCCCAGAUGAUACCAGUGAAAACUCUUGAAACUAAAGGUCAGCAAAACAUUCAGAAUUAAUUGAACUUGCAAAGUGCAAAAUCUUCCGGUUUUCAUUUGUUUGUUUCAACUUCAUCAAUAGCCCCAUAGUUUUAGCAGUUUCUUUUUGUGAAGGGCAGAAAAUUGAUAAUAACUGGAUUUUCGUUCCAAAUUUUGCUACCUCUCUGAAACACCUCGCCUUUCAUCUAUGAGAUUUGUCAUUUGGGAAAGUGGACAAUUUAUAGUCAUUACUGCUUGUAUCACUCUUUAACUGAUUUUCAGAAAGUACAUACUAGUCCACGGCUAUUCCUCUCCAAUUUGUUAUUUCUUCUUGUUGGAAUCCAUGUAAUCUGUUCUACUGCCCCUGGUAGCUUGUAAAUUAUCAAGAACUUAUUGAGAGACUGUCAGAGAAACAAUCAUGACUCCCACAUUGUUGCACACUAGGUUGGAGCAAGCAUACACUGUGUCACUCUAGUUUUUGCACAACUUGCAUUAGAUAAAUAAAUUUUGUUCAUUAGCAUUAAAUAGAAAAAGGCCCAACUGAGAUCUAAACAAUUUAGAUCGAGAAAAGUCUAUUUAAACUUUAAAUGCACAAAUGUUUGAUUUCCAUACCUAAAUAUGCAAAACAAUGAUGAGGAUGGUAGCAUGAUCAAGUUCCACAGAUAAUAGUUGCUGUUUUUAUAUUCUAAAUUAAUCUUUAAAGAAGAUAGUGUUGAGCGCAGUAUAUAGAAUGUGAAAUAACUGGAGUCAAAAUAAAAAGGAUGUUAUGUAACCAUUCAAUAUUGCAUAAUAUUCUGACAACGUAGAUCGCCUGCUAGAAAGUAUGGACUUCUGUAUUGCAGAUUUAUGAUAAAUUUUGAUUUUGAUUACAUAUUUCCACAUGCAAAUUACUACUGCUACAACUGUUGAAGCAUCCAUAAUCCUGUUAGAGGAGUACAGGGCAAAACAUCAGUCUGAUGUAUUUUAAUGUUGAUUUUAUUGACUUACCAACGUGCAAAUAUGGUUAAAGAUUCAAAAUGGGGAGCUAUUUCUAGGUCAUGGUAUUAUUGAUAGCAUAAAAUCAAAACACAAUUAUUAGAUCUUUAAAAAUCAAAUGAUUUGGGAAACCCUUUAUAAAAAUUAAUCCACUGUUGCAGCAAGGGUUAUUCCACCAUAAUGUUGCAGUGUACAGAUGUAGAAUUAUUUUUCAACUUGUGCUUUGCAAAAUAUGAAUCGUUAAUUCUUGAGGCGAUCAUUCUGUUUCAUAUAUAUCGUUACUUAGAGAAGCCAGCUCAGUUCACAGCUAUUGACAUUUGUAUCAAUAAGAAAUUAUUAAUAAUGCAAAGGAGGGAUUGUAACAUAGCAUUCAUUGGUAGUUUCUCUAUUGAAUUAUCUAAUUCAGUAACUGACCAACUAUUACACAAUCACAGGACAGUUCAAUUAUUACAGCUUUUGGAGCUCACUAUAUUGUGUUUUUCAAUUCUAUAUGAGAUAUUUAAACAGCAUUGGAGUCCGGGUUUAAUGGGGUUUGAAAAUAAGUGUUUGCUUCAAGAGGAUCUGGGCAAGAAAUUCAGUACCUCAGUGAUAAUGUGCAUGAGGAAAAGUGAUUAAAUAAUUAAUUAACCACAUGAUCUUGAAAAAAUAACAGUGGUCAGGUGGGGGGGGGGCACAGAGUUUCUAAAACUACUUUAUAGGGUUAAAACUGAAAAAAAAUGUAGCUGUGUAAAGUUGCAAAACUCUACAGUCUGCAAUAUUACAAUUAAGGUAACCCUUGAAGACCAUUUUAUAAUUAUCUCUUUUAAAGAAAAAUUCACGCAAGAGAGAAUUUUCAUAUGCAAAUGUUAAGAACUUUUCAUCUUUUGAGAGGAAUUCAUUGCAAUUCCUGCCACAUAGAAUGGGGGGGGGGCAACUGUUACUUUUCCUUUGAUUUUCUGUAACUACCUUAACCAUGUUUAUUGAAACAAAAUAGCAAUUUUGAUCCUACUUAUUGACAAUCCAGUUGCACGUUCUAACCCUCUCCAACAUGUGCACUGUUUCAGAUGAUUUUAAAUGAAUAUUUCUGAAAAUGAAUGAUAGUAGUUUGUAAAACUAAGUUUUGUAUGACACAGGAGUUACGUGGUUCCUCAGCAGAUUUCAAUAUUACAACAUGCUAAGGUGUAUUUAUAUUUCAUGUUCAUUCAUAAACUUCUGGAAUACUGAAAUUAGUUUAGAAAUUAUGCAAUAAGCUUUGCUUCUAGUUGGAUUAGUCUGGUUUCCCUGAGCAGGAUGCUGCCUCCCAGACCCAAGAUUGUGACCCUGCUGUCAACAGUUACCAGUGGAAAUAUGUCCCUGUUUUAUAUUUGUUUCUAAAACAUAUC